UUGGAAACAAAGAUUAUGUUUUUGAUAUGAUCUACAUUCCAGUGUGAUUUUGCUCCACACCCUCAAGGAAGAAACGUGGAGAAAUCCAAAUUCAAAGGUCUAACUGGAUACCCACUAAUCUGUUAUUACUUGGUCAAAUUCAGUCCAAUCAUAUGUUGACAUACUUGUUCAUCUCCUGAUCAUGUGAAUAUGCUAAUCUCCAUAAUAACCCACAGACAGAGAUCUGAACGAUCAGUGCUUGCAGAGGCCGAGGACUGGACACACCUGAUGGGUUCUGUGGACAGCAAGAGCACUGAAGCUUCCUGAAAAUUCCACUAUAUUUGGCAACUUUCUAAUCGUAUCCUUUAUAACCUCCUUUAAAAUUAACCAACACAUUAGGCUGGAGAUGUCUGGUGACAGGAGCAGGAGGCUUCCUAGGCCAGCGGAUUGUCCACUUGUUGGUGCAGGAGGAGGGGCUGCAGGAGGUCAGAGCCCUGGACAAGUUCUUCAGACCAGACACCAAGGAAGAAUUCUCCAGUAAGUGGACUGGAAAUUUCACAUUAGGGAUCCAUUCUACAGCCUAACCAACUGUGGGAGAGGAUGUUUUUUAAAACAAACAGGAAAUGUGGGAUCAUAAUGGAUAUUCCAUGUCCACACUCAUCAGAAAGAACUGAGGAUGUACAGGAGCUGAACAUGAAGACAAAGGUGACAAUAGUAGAAGGAGACAUUCUGGACGCUCAGACCCUGAGGAGAGCCUGCCAGGGCAUCUCAGUUGUUAUUCAUACCGCUGCUGUCAUUGAUGUAUCUGGUGUCCUCCCUGCACAGACCAUCAUGGAAGUCAACCUGAAAGGUACCGAGUUCCUGUUGGAGGCCUGUGUACAAGCCAGCGUGCCAAUCUUCAUCUACACAAGCACAAUCGAAGUAGCUGGGCCCAACUCCUACAAGGAGAUUGUCCAGAACACCAAUGAGUACAACCAUCAUGAAAGCACCUGGUCUGCUCCAUACCCAUGCAGCAAAAGGCUGGCUGAGAAGGCUGUGCUGAAAGCUAAUGGCUGCCCCCUGAGAAAUGGUGGCACCCUGUAUACUUGUGCUUUGAGGCCCACGUACAUCUAUGGAGAAGGAAGCCCAUUCUUAUCUUCUGAGAUGAAUAAAGCCCUCAAAAACAAUGGCAUACUGAAAAGCACAGGCAAAUUCUCUGUAGCCAAUCCAGUCUAUGUUGGUAAUGUGGCCUGGGCCCACAUUAUGGCCUCCAGAGCCCUCAGGGACUCUAACAAGGCCUCAGAUAUUCAAGGACAGUUCUAUUAUGUCUCAGAUGACACACCUCACCAAAGUUAUGAUAACCUCAGUUACAAUCUGAGCAAAAAAUGGGGCUUCUGCCUUGAUUCUGGCCCAAGCAUCCCUUUGUCUCUAAUGUACUGGCUUGCUUUCCUGCUAGAAAUGGUGAGCUUUCUGUUGAGACCAAUUUAUAAUUUUCAACCGCCCUUCACCCGCCACUUACUGACCCUGUCAAAUAGUGUGUUCACAGUCUCCUAUAAGAAAGCUCAACGCCACCUAGGAUAUGAGCCACUCUUCAGCUGGGAGGAAGCCAAGCAGAAAACAGGGGAGUGGGUUGGUUCACUAGUGCAGCAGCACAAGGGGACUUUGAAGACAAAGACUCAGUGAUGUGACCAUCAUAAGGAUGUGGCUCUGUGUGACCCCUGAUGCUUUUAUCUGCUUCUUCAACCUGGAUUCCUCCAAAACUUGUCAAAGGCACAAGCGCAGAUCCUACAGCCUGACUGUGAAACCAUGGCAACUUAUUGUCUUCAUAAGGCUACAAAAUGCCUAUUUUUCAUUUCCCAUUACUAAACAUACUGUUUCUUUUCUGUGAAAAACCUUACAAUGCUUAACAAGGCACAAGGAAAAGUGGAAUAAAACUUUGAUUGCCUAACCUGGAA